CAUUUUGGUAUCAUCUCCUGCCGGCUAAAAUCGCUUCUAUAAAACCUUGUCUCACUUUCGAUGUAUUCGCAGAAGCUUGAAGUGAGAAAUGGAUGCGAAUAUCGCUUAUGCUGUGAUCUCGUUGAUUGCAGUUCUUAUGUUGAGCUACAUGAUGAAAGUUGUAAACAGAUUUUGGAUUAGGCCAAAGAAAGUGGAGAAACGAGUGAGGGAGCUAGGGUUUAGGGGGAAUCCGUAUCGGUUUUUUUAUGGUGACGCCAAAGAGAUGGAGAGGAUGAGAGUAGAAGCCGUUUCCAAGCCUUUGGAACAACUCUCAGAUGAUAUACCGGCCCGUGUUUUGCCGUAUCACCACCACUUGGUCCAGAAGUAUGGGAAACAAUUUUUCAUCUGGAUUGGCACAAAACCUAGACUGAACAUAAUGGACCCGCUACUAGUAAAGGACAUUCUGUCAAGACCAAACGAAUUUCAAAAGCCAAAGGCAGAUCAUAUGGCUCAUGUGCUUGUGGGGGGACUCUUCACCAUUGAGGGAAACACAUGGAUUAAACAUAAGAAGAUCAUCAACCCUGCUUUUCACAUUGAGAAGAUGAAGAACAUGGUGCCAUCAAUCGUGAACAGCAGUUUGGAAAUGAUAGACAAAUGGAACAAGUCCCUGGCUUCAAAGGAAUCUGGCGAGGUUGAUAUAUGGCCAGACUUGGAAGCUUUAACCUAUGAGGUAAUGUGCAAAACACUUGCUGUAGGCGAGACGAGCGAAGACAUAAGAAGGAUUCAUCAACUUCGGCUUAAGGUUAACGAACAAGCAGCCAAAGUAGCCAAGCUCAUGUUCUUCCCCGGAUGGUGGAAUCUGCCAACUAAAGAUCUGAACACUAUGAAAGCAUUGCAUAAAGAAGUUGAAGGUUUAGUGAGGAAAAUGGUGACUAAGAGACUUGAAGAAACAAAAAUCGGGGCUCGUAGUGAAGGUGAUAUGUUGGGACUAAUGAUGGAAGCUUUUCACGAUGAAACAAGUGGAUUUAGUCUUGACGAUGUGGUUGAUGAGUGUAGAAGUUUUCACUUCAUUGGGACUGAAACUACAGCACGCUCUUUGACAUGGCUGCUCUAUGUUCUCAGCAAGCAUCCGGAAUGGCAAGAGCGAGCUAGAGAGGAGGUUUUGCAGGUUUUCGGAGAUCAGAAGCCCAACGUUGAGGGACUAAACCAACUCAAAAUUAUAACAAUGAUUCUGUAUGAAGUAAUGAGAUUGUAUCCACCAACUAGUAUGAUUCACCGAGCCAUCUCCAAAGAUACAAAGUUAGGAGACAUGGUUCUACCGGCCUGGAUCCAAUUGACCAUACCAAUAACUUUACUGAACCACGACCCUGAUAUUUGGGGAGAAGAUGUGAAACAAUUUAAGCCCGAAAGAUUUGCUGAAGGUGUGUUCAACUCAAAGAUGCAAUCUGUUUACUUUGCUUUUGCUGGAGGUCCUCGAAAAUGUAUUGGACAGAGUAUGGCAAUGGUUACUGAUAAAUUCGUUAUAGCAACUCUCCUGCAACGCUUCAGCUUCGAGCUAUCUCCCUCGUAUGUGCAUGCUCCAAAGCAUGCUUUCCUCCUCAUGCCUCAGCAUGGAAUGAAACUUCUUCUGCGUAAACUUAUCUAGCUACUGCAAUAUCAAGAGGAAUCGCUAUCUCCC